GAACUGGAAGCUGCUCUUCAUAGGGAUGAUGUGGAGUUUAUCAGUGACCUGAUUGCCUGCCUUCUUCAGGGUUGCUAUCAGCGUAGGGAUAUCACGUCGCAGACAUUUCACAGCUACCUUGAGGACAUUAUCAACUACCGCUGGGAACUGGAGGAAGGGAAACCCAAUCCCUUACGGGAAUCCACUUUCCAAGAGCUACCACUGCGCACCCGUGUGGAAAUCUUGCACCGCCUCUGUGAUUACCGGCUUGAUGCAGAUGAUGUCUUCGACCUCCUCAAGGGCUUGGAUGCAGACAGCCUCCGUGUAGAACCGCUGGGUGAGGAUAGCAAUGGCGCCCUCUAUUGGUAUUUCUAUGGCACACGUAUGUACAAAGAAGAGCCAAUGCCCGGGAAAUCAAAUGGAGAGCUGGCUUCAGACAGGGGAAGUGGUGCCCAGACAAAUACCCCAAAUGUUCCUGGGAAAACAGGCAAGAGACGAGGGCGACCCCCAAAACGGAAAAAACUGCUGGAGGAGAAUCUGCUGAGGGAAAAGGCUGAAGAGAACUCGCUCGUGCAUGAGACACAGAUGAAAAAUGGGUCCCAGGGGCCAGGCCGUGGGACAUGGUGGCUGCUGUGUCAGACAGAAGAGGAGUGGAGGCAGGUCACAGAGAGCUUCAGAGAGAGAACCUCCCUAAGAGAACGGCAGCUCUACAAACUCCUGAGUGAAGACUUCCUGCCUGAGAUUUGCAACAUGAUUGCCCAGAAGGAGAAGCGGUUGCAGCGCACGGAAUUUUCGCCCAGGUGGAUCCUCGGUGCCAUAUGUGUGCCUGGCACUUCACAGACUAAUAAGAGGCUGUGGUACCUGCUCUGUGGAAUUUACAGUCUGACUGGCUCGUACACUCACAUAAUUACAACAUGCCAGAGAUCAAGAGGGAAGGAACUGGAAGAGAGGAUAAGAACUGUACACAAUGGAAGGGGAAUGCAGCUCAUAGCUUCUUUGGCAGAGAGAUUGUGUGUAUUUGUGUUUCCCUCACUUGCUGUGCUUGCAUUUUUAAGUCUCCUUCAAAGUCAGUCUGUGGCUGAUUGGAUAUGUAUCAGCCAGUGCCACCUUGUUGUCUGUGACUCUUACAAUUUCAUACAUGGCCUUUUGUCCCAGGCAACCCCAAGUGUACUCAGCAGGAUGGAGAAGCAAAGGCGCAGAGAGGAAGAGGAAGAGCGCCAAAUCCUCCUGGCAGUGCAGAAGAAGGAGCAGGAACAGCUGCUAAAGGAGGAGAGGAAGAGGGAGAUGGAGGAGAAGGUCAAAGCAGUAGAAGAACGAGCCAGGAGGCGGAAACUCCGGGAAGAACGGGCUUGGCUUCUGGCCCAGGGGAAGGAGCUUCCCCCAGAACUUUCCCAUUUGGAUCCCAGUUCUCCUACCAGAGAGGAAAGGAAAACCAAGGAUCUCUAUGAACUGGAUGAUGAGUUCACCGCCAUGUACAAAGUUCUAGAUGUGGUAAAGGCUCACAAGGACUCUUGGCCCUUCUUGGAACCGGUUGAUGAAUCAUAUGCCCCAAACUACUAUCAGAUCAUUAAGGCCCCCAUGGACAUCUCUAGCAUGGAGAAGAAGCUGAAUGGAGGUCAGUACUGCACCAAGGAGGAGUUUGUGGGUGACAUGAAGACCAUGUUCAGGAACUGCCUAAAAUACAAUGGUGAAGGCAGUGAAUACACCAAGAUGGCAUACAACUUGGAGAGAUGCUUCCACCGGGCAAUGAUGAAGCACUUUCCUGGUGAAGACGGGGAUACAGACGAGGAGUUCUGGAUCAGAGUGGAUGGGAAACGGGAGAAGAGGAGCCGUCGGAGUGGGCGCUCUAGCACGGGCAAUGUUUGGACCCGGUCCAGAGACUCAGAGGGACCAAGCAGGAGACAGCAACACUUGGAGAAUGGAGGGAAACCGCCACCAUUCCGGGCUACUCCCCGGGCUCCUGCUUCCUCCUCGUCUUCCUCCUCUGCAGAAGAUCCAAGUGGCAGCACAGUGCAGCCUCCUCGGGAGUCAGUCACUUCUAAUGGCCAGGGCUUCCCUCGCCCAUUGCAUUAUGGUGGAAUGCCCAGCCAGGUGCCACACCCUGGCCAGAUGCGGCCUGCAGUGCCAGGAACAUUUGGCCCUCUGCGGGGAUCAGAUCCAGCUAAAUUGUAUGGAUCACCACGAGUACCAGAACCCCACCCUGGAGACCCUGUUCAGCAGCACCAGCACUUUGCCAUGCAGUCUACACUUGGAUUAAAUGACCCCCGAGGACACAGAUUGGCUGCACCGGAGAAGCAGGUGUGUGCAGGGCCGACACAUGUCUCUGCACUAGGACCACGGCCUGGAUCCUUGCAGCUUGGGCGGAUGAGUGGCCCUUCCCCAGAUGCUAGUAUGUACCCACCAGUACAGUUCCAGCAAGGAUUCAUUCCUCCGCGGCACAAUGGACCUCCUGUGAGACCCCCUGAGAGCUCAGAGGUCCCCCCGGGCCAUAUGUACAGACCAUAUAAAUAUCUAAAUCGAGCGCAUCCUGCUGCAUGGAAUGGUAGCCACAGUGCAACGAACCAGACCUCCUUGGGUCCAGACGAGAAGCCCCCCCUGAACACAGGACCUUCUUUGCAGUCUCGGGCUCUUAGUCACAUGAUGGACCCUCGAGCAGUAAGACCACCUCUGCCUCCCAGCCAGUGGACUGAGCAAUCAAAUUUCCUACCUCAUGGGGUCCCUGCCUCAGGAUAUAUCAGACCACCUGGCAAAGCCACCGGUCAGAGAAUGCAGCAGCCUCCAGCCACUGUGUUUGGGGGACCCCCUCAAGUCCAGAGAGGAUGCCAGGGUGGGGAUUCCAUGAUGGACAGUCCAGAGAUGAUUGCCAUCCAGCAGCUGUCCUCUCGCGUGUGCCCACCGGGUGUGCCUUACCACCCCCGUCAGCCACCUCCCCCGCAUCUGCCUGGCCCCUUCCCACAGCUGGCCCAUGUGGCAUCAGCAAACGUGCAGCCCCCGAAACCGGUCUUGGGGAAUGGCAACUCUCAGGACGCCAGUCAGACAGUGGAGCCAGAAAGCAACCGAGUGGAGCCCCCUCCUGGAGUAGAAGAGAAGGCCCAGUGCAUCAGUAUUCCAGAAGGGACGUACCCCAAACUACUACCUCACUCCAACCCUUCCCUGCAGAUGGAAUGCACCAGGCGGAGCUUGGCACCGGAGGGAGAGGGGGAAGACUCUGGAGCUAAGAAUGACCCCAAGGCAAUGCAGAGCAAGAAUGCCUGGCCGGCACAGAGCGCCUACACUGGCCCAGCGGGCCAGGCAUGCAUGAGGGACCUUGUGACCGCACCUGAGAGAGGGCCUGGGCCUGAAAAUGGAGCUGUAGGUGAAGGGCCCUCCAGUGGCAAUGAGGGGAAAGGACUGGCUGUUAACAUCUUGGAGAAGCCCCUCUGUCCCGGGGGGAAGACUUUGUCGGAGGUGGCUGUGCCUUGUAUGGCACAGAACACCGGUACUCCUGGUGUGGAUGGAAGCGCAGUGGGCGGGGCUCCGAGCCAGUUUCACCCUCUCUACAUGCCUGGUUUGGAGUAUCCGAAUUCAGCCACACGUUACCAUAUCAAUCCAGGACUGCAGGGGUUCGGCCCUAUGAUGGGAGGGAAGCCUCCCUCCGUGUCCCAUCCACAGCAUUUCCCCCCUCGGGGUUUUCAGCACAGUGACACUCAUCCUGGUGUCUUUCCUCGGUAUCGCCCCCCUCAGGGGGUGCCAUACCCCUAUCAGCCACAGCCUCCACCUACCUACCACCAUUACCAGCGGCCUCCAUACUACACCUGUCCACAAGGCUACUCCGACUGGCAAAGGCCUCUUCAUCCCCAGGCCAACCCUGGUGGGCAUCCGCCUGCUCACCCACCUCUAGCCAGGCCUUCUUUCUCAGACAGAGGGAAUAUGGGUAGCCUGCAGGGCUGUGAGGCAUUCAGCACUGCCCUGGCGUCCCCAAACCGAAUGGACGUGGCAAGCGCCAAAGAGGUUCCUCCAGGCGAUGGGCAGGAUCCAGGGCCUGAAGAUGAGAAGUCAGAUGAAUCCCAAGAGAGGCCAGAGAGUCCCAAAGAGUUUCUUGAUUUGGACAACCAUAAUGCAGCCACCAAGAGGCAGAGCUCAGUGGCGGCAGAGGAGUUCCUCUAUGGGGCUCUCCCCCCACCUCUGAGUUCUGGAAUCGGAUUUGGUCCAUCCGCUUUCCCUCCCCAUGGGGUGAUGCUGCAGACGGGAUCUCCUUAUGCAUCUCGGCAUCCGGCCAGUCAUUUCCAGCCCAGGACCUAUGGAUCACCAGUGAACCCUCACCUAUCUCGUCAUCCAGCCACCAGCCAAGCCAAUGGCCUCACUCAGGAGGGACCACUGUACCGCUGCCGGGAAGAGAACAUGGGUCACUUUCAGGCCUUGCUGAUGGAGCAGAGAGGCAGCGGAGGUGGCAUGGGGGGGCCCCAGGACAUGUACAGACCUCCAGGAAUGCAAAUACACCAGCCCCAUGCACCCUUCCCGAAGGUGCCUCCAGCAACCACGUCCCGGGAGGAGCUGCCACCACAAAAACCAUCAGCAUUGCCUCUGGAUCAAAGCUAGCCCAAGGAAGGAAGCACCCCAAGGAGAGGAAAGCCACAUGUGAUUUGGACACAGGGGAAAGAGGAUAUAGGCCUCCUGCCUUCCUUCUCUCCCCAGCGGCAUGUAGCUUCCAGGGUCCGGUGAAACACAGUGCCUUGAUGGCUCUUUGUGUGUGUUUAAACUUGGGAUAGUCCUGGGUCCCUGGCUACCCCCGUAUGGCUGAUCUCAACAGCACAGAGGAAGCAUCUCAAACUCUAGUGGCUUGUCAUGACUGGAGACUGUGUCUCAUUCAGGGUUUGGGUCAGGAUGAGGAGAUCGAAGCUGUCAUGAACUGCAAAACUCAGGUAUAUUUUUCAGGGUGGAAGAGGGACGACGAUGGACUUGACUUGUAGUAUUAACGUGUGUUGUUUGGAGCUGGAUCCAGUUUACAGAAUUUACAUGUUGCCUUUUUAAAUAAAUUUCUGUUGUUGGUGAAUGUAUUGUACAUAAUGGGGGAGGGAUGGGACCCAGCUGGUAGUAGGCGUAGCACUGGGGUGAUCUUUAACUGUUUACAAUCAUGUCACACACAGAUCUUGGCAAAGGGGGAGAUGAUGGGAAGGAACUUUGCAACUUUCAGACCAUCCCUCCCCCACACCUUCCUUCCAGAGUUAAGACACUACUCCCCUGUAACUGAUCACAGGGACUGCUCAGGAGCAAAACAUAACACUGUCCUCUUCCAUGCAGUAGCUGAGUGCCCUUCCAGCUCCUGCCAUCAUGGGGAACAAGGAAACCAGGACCAGGAACUGAAAGUCUCUCAUAGCAUUGUCCUCUAAACAUUUCUGGAAUGCACCACCUGUGUACCAGCAAGUGGCUCAUUACUCAUUUUUACUUUUGUCCUCUUUAGGCAAAAUCAGUGCAGUUUUGGAGGAGGAAACAUGGAGUGGUAUCACGGAGUUGUCUUUGUUGAAGCAACUAAUUGUGCUACCAUAUACUGGCCCUUAGAAAGGAGAGAGGAAUAGAGAUAUUCCUGGUUUUCUCUGUGUAACUUGGCUGUGGUCAUCUUUGAUGAAAGCAAAGCAGAAAUAGCACCCCUCUUAAAAUCUGGGAACUGCAGCUUGCAGGUGAAAUAGGAAAUGGAACUGCUUUAGAGAGGGUCUGUCUGGUGCAAUGCGAACAAAUUGUCAUCCUGUGACAUAAGCUUUUGAUGUUUGUAAAUGUAAUAGAUAAAUGUGAAUCAGAAAUUAUUCCUUCUAGCUAGAGUGGUUAAGGGACACAGUGGAGGUUGGGGAGUGGGGUAAGAAUGCCUUGCAUUAAUGCACUAGACUUUCCUGCUAGAACUUAAGUUUAAAUCGAGCUUUGAUUAUAAAUUAACCGGUGGGGGUCUUAUCCUUUGCCUGUUAGAAGCCGAUAUUUGUCCCACAUUGUAAAGCCACCAUGCAGGCAUAAUUGUGAAGCUUGGAAUCUUGGAGAGAGGACUAGAUAGGGUGAAAAGGGAAGUUGGUUCUACAUUGUGCAGGGGUCUGAUGAUGGCAGAAAACGUGCUACUGGAUAGGACUGCGGUGCAUUAGCAGAGUUGCAUGAAGCACCCUUGCUCAGGUGUUUACUGUGACUUGACUUCUUUUACCCACAGCUUUUGUGAGUUUCAGAAAAAUAGCUGGAUUAAAAACAAAAGUUCUCAUGCUGUCUGGAUGAGGGAAGGCUAAUGUGUUAGUGUUUGCCACAUUUCCUAGUAACUCUAACUGGUCAGCUACUAUGAUACCAGUUACUGCUAGUGGCGUUUUGUUGGGUUCUAAGCAUUUUCCUCACUCUGGACCCACAGACUUACCAGGAAUAUGAGCACCAGUGGGCUGUGCUAUCCCAACAGACACACUUGCAGUGGUAUUCACACUAUAAGCAAAUAGCAUUUAUUGGCAAGUGAAUUUCUAACGUGCCGUUCCUCUUAUUCUAUAGUCAAUCUGUGAAUUGUCUGCCCUCUGCUUAUAGCAGUGCCUUGAUUAUUUGGCUUGUGCCCAAACCCAGGCUCAUACAACUAAGAGGAAAAUUGCAGAGCAAUAUAAAUUACUUGAAUAUCUAAUGACAUAGAAAAAUUACUAAUUACAUUAGUAAAGUGUCAGUUUUAAUUAAUUUUUAUUCCAUUCAGCAGACUGGGAACAGCUCUUCUUGGCAGUGUGGUGUAGGCUAGAACAGGGGUUCUCAACCUUUUUUAUCUCUGAGCCCUCUCACUCCCCAACAUGCUAUCAAAACAUCGCUCCUACACAGCACCAGGGCUCAGGGUGUCAGGCUCCUGCCCCAGGGGACACUGUGGCUUGAGACUUUAACCCUGUGGGUGGGGGAGGCAGAGCUUCUGCUCUGCAUGCAGGUGAGGGAAGGGGAGGCUCGUGACUCUCUGGGCUUGAGCCCUGUGAUUUUAGGACCAGAGCAUGGGGCUUCUGUCGUGGGGUGCCCAGAUUCAAGGCUCUGAGCAUUCUGCCCUGGGCUCCAGGCAGUCUAAUGCUGGCCCUGCUUCACGGCUCACAGACCCCAGUUGAGAAACACUGG